AUGGAAAAUUCCGGAGGUUCUCGGCCUCGCCCGCUGCCGCCAUCGGAACAAGAGGAGAGUAUCGAGCUCGAAUUGGACGAGGAAUCCGACGAGAAAACCAGCGAACUCAAGGAGUGCGAAGCUGAUCCGGAGACGCUCACUCUAUCCACCGUAACCUACUACGAGGCAUUCGAUGACAUCGAUCCUCAAGGCGACGAAUAUCUCGAAGCAGCCAAGGAAGGCCCAGAGUCCCUGCUGAGCCUGGCGCCCAAGGAAGACAAAGCGUCGAAAAUAUUGGGUGGCGCACUGAAGGAGGAGGUUCUACGUACCAGCAAGCACAUUGUAUUCGCCAUGGAGCCGUUCGUGUUGAAGGCGCUCUUGGAGGGGAACAUCGCCCGCCAGUAUCGGAGCAACGCGGAAGUUCGCAAUGCGCUUGACACGCUCUGUGCCUGGGCCCGUCGAGUCACCCAAUCAUCCAUCUGUGUACAAACGCUUGUCGACAAAGACGGGUUCUCCUCUACGCCGGCGGAGCUGUUCAAGGUUGUCUGGCAGCUUCGAAACCACUGUGACUUGGAGGAAGGUUAA